CCAAUGGGCCGGGUUAUAAGCUAGUAAAAAAAACUACAGAUCCCUUCCCCCUGCUUAAGUCGGGAUCCGUACGCGCCGGCUGAUUCUUCUAUCCACGCAGCGCAAGAUAGUUCUUCUCUUCUCCCCACAGUUAUCGUUCUCCAGCGGAUGCGCUCUGCUCCAUCCUUUCCCCGCCAUUUCCCGUUUGCUUUUAUUUCUUCUUCUUCUCCAUUUUGUCCUUCCUCCAUUUUUAAUUCCUUCCGAAAACUCCGAGUUCGUUACAGAUCGUUGGAUACAGUCUCCCCUACGUCGCCUUUUCGCCGGAGCUCGGUGGCAAGUGAAUGUUCCGGUUCAGAGAAUGCAUAAUCCUCCGUGCUCUUUCUAUGGCCUCCAGCUGAAACUCCGGUUCCUCACCGAACAUUGAAAUUCGUUUACGCUCUUCUGUUUCCCGUUUACUCGAUCGACUGAGAUUUCUAGGGUUUUCGGAAUGAACCGAUCUUGGCAAUUUUGACGAGCAUUGAACUGGUGUCUAUGAUUCCGGACUUGAAUCGUCGAUUCUCAGUGGAGUGAGUGAGUUAGAUUGCUGUCUGAUUUUCCGCUGAUAGGUUAUAGGAAAAAAUGUCGGAGGGGACGAGCCUGAUGGAGUCCUCGGAGAACGGAACCGACGUGUCUCAAGAAGAUACGGGUGCAAUGGGGGAGGAGACGCACGAAGACGAUAUGAUACUGUCCUGCCAGACAUCGGUGAAUCUCGUGCCGUUCGUCGGCCAGCGAUUCGUCUCUCAGGACGCCGCUUACGAGUUCUACUGCAGCUUCGCCAAGCAGUCCGGGUUCUCGAUUCGCCGCCACCGCACCCGCGGCAAAGACGGCGUCGGCAGGGGAGUCACCCGGCGAGAUUUCACCUGCCACCGCGGUGGUUAUCCUCAGACGAAGCACUUGGAGGAGAGCGGCGGCGGCAGCGGAGGCGGAGGGAAGAUGCAGCGCAACCGCAAGUCGCUGCGCUGCGGGUGCCAAGCCUAUAUGCGCGUUGUCAAACGGGCAGAUUUCGACGUCCCUGAAUGGCGGGUUACAGGUUUCAGCAAUAUCCACAAUCACGAACUCUUGAAAUCUAACGAGCUCUCUCUUCUUCCAGCUUACUGCGCCAUAUCUCCCGAUGACAAGAGCAGGAUUUGUAUGUUUGCCAAAGCUGGGAUGUCGGUUCGUCAGAUGUUAAGGUUGUUGGAGCUGGAGAAAGGUGUGAAGCUUGGUUGUUUGCCGUUUACUGAAGUUGAUGUGAGGAACCUUUUGCAGUCGUUCAGAAAUGUGAACCGUGACAAUGAUGCUGUUGAUCUUCUUGGCAUGUGUAAGAGAAUGAAGGAUGAAGAUCAUAGCUUCAAAUAUGAGUUCAAGAUAGAUGGUAACAAUAGGUUAGAGCAUAUAGCUUGGUCUUAUCCUUCGUCGAUUCAGUCGUACGAGGCGUUUGGAGAUGCAGUAGUUUUCGAUACUACUCACCGGGUGGAGGCUUAUGACAUGCUGCUAGGCAUUUGGCUUGGUAUAGACAAUCAUGGCAUGAUCUGUUUCUUCAGUUGUGUGCUUUUGCGUGAUGAGAAUGUGCAGUCCUUCUCUUGGGCAUUAAAGGCCUUUAGAAGCUUUAUGAAUGGAAAGGCUCCACAGACGAUUUUGACAGACCAGAAUGUGUGGUUGAAGGAAACUAUUGCAAUCGAGAUGCCAGAGACCAGACAUGCCUUCUGCAUCUGGCACAUCGUGGCAAAGUUCUCAGAUUGGUUUUCUGUGUUAUUAGGACCAUGUUAUGAUGAAUGGAAAGCUGAGUUUGUUAGGCUCUUCAACCUUGAAUUUGUGGAAGAUUUUGAGGAAGGAUGGAGGGAAAUGGUCAGUAAGUAUAGGCUUCACACAAAUAAGCACAUUUCCAGCCUGCAUGCUCUGCGUAUGUUUUGGGCUUUGCCCUUCUUGAGACAUCACUUCUUUGCUGGAUUGACAAGUACCUGCCUGUCAGAGUCGAUCAAUGCCUUCAUUCAACGGUUUCUCAGUGCACAAGCUCAACUUGAUCGCUUCAUAGAGAGGGCAUUUGAUGUUGUUGCUUCUAUUGAUAAGCCGGAUAUGCAUCGAAAGGUGCAGAAGGCUUUCCUCAAAACGGGUUCGCCAAUAGAAUCACAUGCAGCUGCUAUUCUUACUCCAUAUGGUUUCCAAAAACUCCAAGAUGAGCUUGUAUUAGCUCCACAGUACGCAUCUUUCCCACUUGACGAGUACUGUUUCCAAGUAAGGCAUCACACUGAAUUGAACGGUGGCUUCAAAGUGAUCUUCGAUCCUUGUCAAGAGCACAUCAGCUGCAGCUGUAAUCAGUUUGAUUUCUCCGGGUUUCUCUGUAGGCAUGUCCUACGUGUCCUGUCAUCAAGUAACUGUUUUCACAUACCAGAUCAAUACCUGCCAAUUCGAUGGCGUGUUAAUGCUAUGUCUUCAACAAUGCACUCUGAAAGGAUUCAUUAUCUACAGUCAAUGACCUCAGAACUUGUGGCCGAGUCAAGCGAGACAGAAGAGCGACUCGAAGUUGCUUGCGAACAGAUUUCGUCAGUAUUAUCACGUAUCAAGGAGCUUCCUCGCUGUGGGCAUGAAGAAGAGAAUGUUUAUAGUUGUCCUUCUGAUUCACUGAUUAUACCUGAAGUAGAAGAUGCAGAUGGAAUCGUUCACACGUUUACGAUUGGGACCCACCAUCAUGAUUCUAUUGCUCUGGGAAAGCUGAAGGAGAGAAGAGCUAGAGAUGGGUUUGAACUAUCCAGAAAACGAAGGCAUUGCUUGGAGCCUUGUUGUGGGCAGUUUGGACACGAUGCAUCAGAAUGUCCAGUAAUGGGUGGUGAUCAUCUGAAUGGCAGAGAACUCGGUUACUUAUAGUGGAGGAUUCUUGAAUUACUCCUCUUGAUUGUUCUUGUUGAUUCUCACCUCCUUCUAACUUUAAAUUUUCAGGGGCACUCCCACCUUACCGAGUGAGUUUCUCAUUUUCGCUAUGUGAAUUUUGAUCCGAAUAGUAGAGGUUUCUUCUUGCUGAAUUGUCUUAAAGACUGAUAGUGAAAUUCUCUAAUGUUUGGCCCCUUUCCCUCCAUAGCAAAGUUCUUACGGUGUAACUGAAAUUUUGAUGCUGAAAUGUAUAUGGCCAUUGAAGUAUCUUAGCAUCCUCAUCUGAAGUACACAUCCUUGAGAUCUUGAUGCUUUUGUCUUUGUACUUCAUAUCAUGAACUCUUGUUUUGCGGCAACAGAAAUGUUUACAAAGCUACAUUGCUACAGUAUACCUUAUUGGUCUGCUGAAUCGUCUGCCAAGGAUACCUUGCUUAGCCUACCUGGCAACGUCCUGGCAAAAUUGUUGGCAAAUUUUCUCCCCUUCACCCUGUGAUUAUGUGAUCGAAAGAGCGCUCUCUGGGCAAGUACUCUCUCAAAAUCAGAGUUUCCUGUGCCUUUUGUGUUAGGUUUUUUGUCUGUUGCAAGACUUGCUUGUUCGUUGCUGGUGCAGGCCUCCUCCUGAUCUCCAGCAUAGCCUGUGUCAGAAGAAGACGUUUUCUGUCAAAACCACAGAAAAGGUGGACUGAAGGUUAUCGGGAUUUGCUGAUAAAAAGGUACUGCUCACUCUCUUGAGAUUUAUAGGUUUAUGAGAAUGGUUGUUAUGAAACCAAUAGGAUAGAGUACCAGAAGGGGAUAUAUGUUGGCCACGAGUGUGGGGUAUAGACGGACAUGAUAGCCGUAGUUAUGGGGUGCAUAGAGAAUCAAAGGUUUUGUGAAAAUUCUUACUUCGUAGAAAAGUUUCCCUUAUCUUGUUUGAUAAGCAACUGAAAGAUGCAGCUAGGGAAUUAUCUAGCCAAGUGUUCUUGGACGAGAUUGAAACUUGUUCCUUGGAUGCCAAAAUUCAUCUAUAUCACAACUUCAAAAGAAAUAUAAAAAUUUAAUUUCUACGGUUUGCAUAACUGUUAAAUCACCAUGAAAGGAACCAUAGCAUCCAGUGGGUAGUUGAAUGUGACUAGCACAAUCUUUUUUUUUUCCCUUCUUUUUUUCUAUAGAUUUUGUGCACAAGGGACACAGCAUAAUGGACAGGUGCUUGCACAGACACACACACACACACUAAAGUCAACCUUGUGCAGAAAUGGCUAUAUGCACAGUUGUGAGAGCCUCCUAGAUUUUCAUACUUCUGAAGGUUCUGAUCAGGUGGUACAAACCUAAUCUGGAUAGAAGGGGUAGAACAGGGUGUCUAAACCCAGCUCAACCCUUUUGGGUUUCUCCUAAAACCAGAUUGAAGUAGGUUUCCAUUCUUCGAUUUGAUUCCGGUACCUAUCCGAUCUUCGGACCAGUCCAGACCAUGCCUACCCUACCUCUGACUUUUUUUUAAGUCUCAGAAACUGGGUAAUGCUUUACUGUCCAAUUCUGCUCUAGAGAAACAUCAAGAUUUCACUUCCAUUUUACUCCACAUUAACUUACAAACUCCUAAUAGCUUUUGGACUGUGGGAUAGCAUCAAGAAUCAUAUUCUGCUGUAUCAGUGCAUCUAUAGAAUAUAAUUGGCCGUCCGUUGUCUCACUUUUUGGCUUUUACUAACUACUGAUAUUAUUGAGGAUCCGUCUAUUCCUGCAAUUACUUUAAUUCAAGCUUUGCGUUGCCCUCAUGCAUUAGUCCAAAAAGAAUGACGACGAUCAAGCAUCUGAUCAUCCUUCCAGCCACCCUUUUUGCCGAGUCCUAAUCCUGUCAAAAUCGUGUGCUUUGAGCUUUACAGUCGGGGUUUGGGGUGGGAUUAGGUACCAAAAAUGCAACUUUAAACCAAAGAUAAUGGUGAAGGAAUAACUGAUUAAACGAACAUUUUAAGACAGAGAAGACAUAAGAGGGAUGAACUACAAGUUAGGUCAGUUACACGUGUCAGCCAUUUAGCAGCCCACCCUGUUUCCCAGGCUAUUGAGUAUUGACUAUAAUUUGUUAUCUUCUUCAUUUAACGGCCCAAGUACGUAAUACAGUGUGAAAGGAAAA